CGAAAAUUAUUUCGUGAUUGAACAUGGCGCAUCCCAUGAGUGAAGAUGAGGACGAAGGCUACGAAGGUUUAGAUGAUGAUUAUUAUGCGUUUUUUAAUGUUUCCAAAACCGCUACUUCAGAAGAAGUUUCAAAUGCUUAUCGUCGUCUCAGCAAACUUUAUCAUCCAGAUAAACAUAAUGAUGCCAUCAAGAAAAAAGAUGCAGAAGUUCUUUUUAAUAAAACACGAAGAAUAUAUGAAGGUAAGUAUAUUUGCAUUGAUGAGAAAAUAAAUUCAGUAACUCAAUGUGUUGUAGAAAUUGCUAUAGUUCAACGAACUAAAACUCCCCAAGAAAUUAGAGAAGAAUAUGAACAGUUGGCAAGAGAAAGAGAGGAGAGGCGAUUACAGCAAAGAACAAAUCCCAAAGGAACUGUAUCUGUUGGUAUUGAUGCUACGGGACUUUUUGAAAAUUAUGAAUAUGAAGACGGGUGGAUGUAUUCUGUGGCACAUCAAGAAAAACAGCAAAGUUUGUGGCAGAUAUUAUCAUCUGUUGUUGUGCUGUUUGGUAGUCCAGUGAAAGUAGAAGCCAAUCCAAUUUUUAUGGCAUUUGCAGGAACUGUAUCUGUUGGUAUUGAUGCUACGGGACUUUUUGAAAAUUAUGAAUAUGAAGACGGGUGGAUGUAUUCUGUGGCACAUCAAGAAAAACAGCAAAGUUUGUGGCAGAUAUUAUCAUCUGUUGUUGUGCUGUUUGGUAGUCCAGUGAAAGUAGAAGCCAAUCCAAUUUUUAUGGCAUUUGCAUUUGAAGUGGGAGCUGGACAAGGUUUCUUGAGUUCUUUAAAAGUGUUCCACAGAAUAUCAAAUAGAUGUUUUAGCAAUAUGCAAGGAAUUUUACAAUUUACACCAAAUGGUAUUAGGCCUGGAUUAAGCACAAUGAUAGCCAGACAGCUCGAUAAACAUACUGUAGGUUAUCUUACUUGGAAAACAGGACACAGAUCAUCCAUGACUACAACAGUUGUGUGGGAUUCCAAUGUUGGGCACUUUGUUGGUGCAUUGCAAUUUGGUAUACCUGACACGUUCAUCAUGGCGAGCUACAGUCGGAAGUUGCAUGAGGAUGGACAGAUUCAGGGUUCACUAAAACUGGGCACAUUUGGAGUACAAGUUGAGUAUGGAUGCGAAACUAAGGUAUCAAAGCACAGUGUCUUGGGUGCAUCUUUAGUGGUUGGCAUUCCAGCUGGAGUGACACUUAAAAUUAGGCUCAAUCGUGCUAGUCAGAUGUAUGUCUUUCCUCUCCAGCUUUCCGAGGAAAUAUUGCCAAGUGCCAUAUUUUAUGGCACUGUGGUGCCUCUGGUGGCAUGGUAUGUGGUUAAAGUGGUGGUCAUCAAACCUUAUGUGAAUAGAGAGAAGAAGAGAAAAGCGCAGAAGGCACAGGAAGCAAAUGCUGCAAAAUUAGCUGAGAAGAGACAGGAAGCCAAAGCUGCUAUCUCUUUAAUGCAAGAAACAUAUAAUCGCAUUAGAGAACAAGAAGAGACAAAAAGUGGCCUCGUCAUUACUAAAGCAUUGUAUGGAAAAUUAAUAGGCAUUGAAAAUAGAAGUUCGGAAGAUUUAGAUGAACAGGUUGUCGAUGUUCUGAUUCCAUUGCAGUGUUUAGUAAAAGAUUCUCGCUUGGUAUUAACAGACUCUUCCAAGAGUAAUCUGCCAGGUUUUUAUGAUCCUUGUUUUGGAGAAGACAAAUACCUAGUUAUUUUUUAUAAAUUUCGAAAUCUGCCACAUACUGUUACAAUUAAUGAUUUAGAAUCGCUACGGCUUCCUAAAGAAUCCCAUCUUCAACAAUCCUGAUGUGAAUAGUUCAAUCUUAUGUUAAUAGCUGUAAAAAUUUUUUUAUAUUAGUGCCACACAGUAACUAGAAAAUAAACAUUUUAUAUUUUAAAAAUAUUAAUCACAAUUGACUUCAGAA